UUAAGACUUUUCAAUGCUGGAAUACAAUUUGGGUAUUCAAAUUUUACUCAGAGAUUGUGAUGAAGAGUGAACAAAGAUGAAUGUAAGAUCUUACCUGUGGAACACACUUUUCUGAUCAGCCAAAAAACCGAUGGCCAAUUUUACCGUUUCAUUGUCAGUCAGUAUGCGCUGUUCAAAACUGAAGAGCGCCUUCUUGGUUGAGGUUUCAAAAGAAGCAACGUUCCUACCACUAUCGGAAUAACCGACAAAUAAAAAAUGGUAUACACAAACAAACACUCCUCUCAAAAACAACUCAAUUUUCUCAAUUGAAAACGACUUAUUCCAAUUGAUUACUGAAAUCUCCCAUAAUGGAGUCUUCUUAUAAAACACAGCAGAAUUUGAUGGCCAAAAAGGCGGAGGAAAAUGGCAUUCCGACUUCUGAAAUCACAAAGCAGUUUCAACAAAUAUUGAGCCAAAUCUACCAGCAAAAUUCUCAUUGUAAUGAAGCUUGGGCAUUGGAAAAAGCUGAAUACCUUGUUGUAAGUAAAGACUCCAUUUCUUUCCUUGGUGCAUGAAUUCUUCCAAAAAUUAAUUACUGCAAGAAGCAACCACACUGACAAUACGCUCUAGUGGACAAAGUUCUGUCAGUUUUUUCUGUCAUGGUAAAUAAUGCAAUGGUCAGGUUACUUCUAAUACAAUUUUAGUUCCAAACGAUCCAUGGCCAGGCACCCCGCCGAAGACAACACCACUUCCUUCUACAACGAGGUCAGAGUCCGGCGAGGUGACCAGUUCGCCGGACGAGAAGGAUCCGUCGAGUUUACCAAGCAAGCCGAAGCCUACUUUUUCACUCAAGGUUGAAGAAGUGCUGCUUAAUGCAGCUGGCAAUGCAACUAUAUUGGUCGCAUACAAGGAGGCAUUAGUGAACAUGAAGGAGCGAUAUCCACGCGAAAGCCUGGAGUGGCAGCAGUGGAUGUCAGGAAGCAAGGUUUGGUUAUCCAAUUGUACGUAUUUACUUGAGGGUUAAAAGGGGCCAUUGUUAAGUUAUCUUUAGUUCGCCAAAAGGGUACCUUUCCCUGCAAUGAGCCACCUAGAUCAUAUGUCCUCCGCUCCUCGGAUGCCAACCGACUUCAUGCUGGACAUUCUCGCCAUGGUGGCGAGGAUUGGCCCAGGAAUGGGCGGUCUGGUAGUAGCUGGCGGCCGGAGGACGCUACCAGUCGACGUAGAUCUAGGUCGCCUCCCAGUGGACCCAGCGGAAGAGUCGCUUAUCGACAAACUAGGUACCAAGAGAGUAGUGAAAAGACAAGACAAGGUAGGACAAUCAAAAUCGAAGAAACACCAAGAGAUGACCGAACAAUAAGAGCUAGGGAACCAUCAAGAGAUGGUAGAACAAUGAGGAAUGGAGAUGGAGAACCAUUGACCUAUGGGCCAAAGGAGGAUCAGAUGCAAAGGAAAGCAUAUGCUAUGGGUGGUGAUGUUUUUCGCCAUACGUUCUUUCGUGCUAUGCAAAAUAGCAGAGAUAUCGUAAGAACUAGUCAUCCUGAGUACGACCGUUCUCAAAAACAUGUGAGUGCCAAGCUUAUCAGCAUUCUAAAUCCUGAUACUGACUUCAUACCUUAAAGUGGCUUGCCGAUCGAAUGGCCUGGGAGAAGGUUUUUAAAGAUGAGCCAUUUCCCUGGUUAAAUGACAAGCCACCAGGAAUCCCUAAAAAUUCUCUGCCGAAUAAUAAAUUAGCAACAAAGUAUGCCAGCAAUUUUUCUAUGGCAACUCCACCAGCUCAAGGGAUCGUCGACCAAUCCGACAUCAAGACUAUAGCGCCGGCUGGAAAUUGUCCCUUGGUUCCACCGAGACCUUCUCAUAGCAGAAAUUCAUUUGAUCAAAAACAGACAGCUGGUGGUGCUACCCCGGUUGGAUCAAGCCCUGAGAUGCCAAGAAAGCUCCUAGUGGCACAACCAAAAGGAGUGGUGAAGGCUGUCGGUGACCAAUUCUCAGAGAAAAAUAGAGCGAAUCCAGUUGAAGGCACUAGAGAAGUGACUAUUAGAAAAAAUACUCUUCUCCGUGCUCUCCUAGGUGACUGGGACGAUUCAUUUAAAUCCGUUCAAAGAGGUCUUGGAGUAACAAUGGAAUGUAAGUCCUUCUUUUGUAAUACAAGCAAAUUUUAAUUACUGGUCUUCAAAUUGACGGUUUUAGAUAAUGAUGAUGCCUCCGAUCAUCUCAGGCUGAUCAUUGAGCCAUACCAACCAGGAGACUAUGCAGCAUUGGAGAAAGCGUACCAAUUUCUUGAAAUUUGGAAGAGACUGAUAUACUCUGACCACCUAGUCAAACUUGACCAUUUUUGGGCCCAGUACAAGAAUCAUGACAGAACAAAUUCGGUGAGUGUACUCUAGUGUGAUCUGCAUCUCAUUCUUUCAAUCUUUCUUCAGCAUUCAAAUGGCACAUUCAGUCAACAGAAUGUUACAACCCUUUCAUCUGAACUUUCAUUCUUCCAAUCUUACUUCAAAUUCAGAUCACAUUAGUCUAAUGCUUUUAGGUUAAUCAUGAGCCCUUAAUAUACGUUAAUGGCAAGAAGAUACUUUGCUCAGGGAAAUUUGGCGAUCUCUGUGACUUCUUCUCAUAUGAGAUUCAAAUCUAUCAAUCCAACAUGGCUAGGUAUAUCAACACGGAAAAUGCACUCGCCUGUAGUACCCUCUUCGAGGCUAAGCCAUUCAGCAUUCACCUCACUAGCUAUCCACUUCCGGUAAUGCUUAAAGUUGAUACCAAGACGAGAAACAAGAUUCUAGAUGAGCAUGAUGCCUUCCUUGAAGAGUGGGUCCGAAGCUCUUUGCAAAAACGGAUUGCCUUAUCAGACAUGAGCAAUGACUAUGCGAGAAGGCGCAAUCAACAACGUAUGGAUUUGAAUAUGGAUCUGGAUGAGUUGUUGAAGGAAGGGGCAGCAAAGGCUAAUCAGAAGCCUUGAUUGCACAUGUAGCGUCAGCGGGAGUCUUCCAUCUAUCUCACAUUCGUUCUUUCAUUUGUAGGAAUACUAGUCAGGCAGCAAGCAAUUUACUAUAUUCAUAGAAAAAACUUUUGUUUCAUUCAA